AUGGGAUGUGGGGCAAGUGCGGCGAAAGUGCAGCCAACGACGCAGCUGCGACAGAAAGGGCCGUUCGGAGUGAUCCCGGCAUAUGAUGAUCUCUCGGCGGCCAUGCAGCAGCAGGCGAUCUCUGACGGCCCGAGCACUAGGGUGAAGAAGGCAGCCAUGCCGAAAGCAGCGUGCCAGCAUCCGGCGCAGUUGAGGUUCGAAGGCACGAUCUUCUCACCGGAGGACGAGGAUGAAGGCUCGAAGCUGGAUUGGUCCUCUAUGGAUUCCAGCACCUGGACAACACGCUGCGCGAAGGGUGCGCCCAUGCAGCCAGACCGCCGAUCACAUGAACGCCAUCUCCGUGUGCUUGACCAGUUCCGACGGGCGGUCGAGGGUGCAUCCAUGGAGUUCAUCCAAGUCGUUGAAGCUCGCCGCUAG